AUGGCGUGGGUUCCAAACAAAGCAUUCUACGGUUUCCAACCGACCAUAUCCAUCCUUUCCUUUCGACGAACACAUCAUGGCCGCCAACGUUCUUCAGAAUACAAGGAGGCAUUCGCGCUGUUUGACAAGCGAGGCAAGGGCGCCGUACCAAGGGAGACGCUGGGUGACCUUCUCAGGGCACUUGGACAGAAUCCUACGCAGGCUGAGGUUGCCGAGAUCGUAGCAUCAGCGCCCCAAGAUGUCGACUACAAGACAUUUUUGACUAUCUUGAACCGUCCUGACGGUUUCAAGCCGGCUGGUACACCGGAGGAAUUCAUUCGCGGUUUCCAGGUCUUUGAUAAAGAGCACAAUGGCUUCAUCGGCGCGGGUGAGCUGCGGUAUGUCCUCACGCAGUUAGGAGAGAAAAUGACAGAUGAAGAGGUGGAUGAGCUGUUGAAGGGUGUACAAAUUGGAGCGGAUGGAAAUGUAAACUAUGAGUCCUUUGUACGCACUAUCCUUAGCCAGUAGGACGCCCUUCCUGGCCUUGCACAUAUACGACAUUGUCAUGAUUCCCCUUUGUGUACUCGAAGUAAUUGAUACAUAUCCAUCCUUCUUUCAAGCCGUACCGUAAGCUUCGUACAUUCGCGUCGAAGACAGAACAUCCCCGAUGCCUCUUCGAAGUCAUUACAUCGUGAUUCGUGACUUAGAUACAUUUAUUGCUUCGACACAUAGUCCUUAUGUGCUUCCUAGCAUUUGUUUCAUGUAUGAAAUUAUACUC